AUGAAUGCUCCAGUUGGACUCUCCUAUCUACACACACUGCCCGCUUCUCCCGCAGCUGCUGUGCUGGGCACGCCAGGCCUGCUCUUCCUUGGAAGCUUCCCUAGUCUGAGAAGAUCGCUCUAUCAACAGCCAUGCUCAACUCUUGUGCCUUAUUUAGCUAAACUCCUGGCCAGUGUGAGAGAAGAACAGUGUGAGUGCCAAUCUGGCCCUCAGCUGCCUACGGAGCCCACCUGGCAGCCACCCAGAUCCUACUGCACUCCAGGACUAUGCCAAUAUUUGGCCAUGCUCCCACCAGCCAGUCACCUCCUCUCUCUCCUGCUGGUGCUAGGCACAGGUGGCACGGUGCCCAGCCCCUGGGUGCCUCCUCAGGGCUGCUACGUGGCAGAAGAAGCUGGUGAGAGGACAUUCCGCUGCAGCCAGGCAGGCCUGAGUGCUGUGCCCACCGGCAUCCCCAACGACACCCGCAAGCUCUACCUGGAUGCCAACCGGCUGGCAUCAGUGCCAGCUGGAGCCUUCCAGCACCUGCCUGUCCUGGAGGAGCUGGAUCUGUCCCAUAAUGCCCUUGUCCACCUCUCAGGGGCUGCUUUCCAGGGUCUGGCAGGCAGUCUGCGCCACCUUGACCUCUCUGCCAACCAGCUGGCCUCGGUGCCUGUGGAGGCCUUCGUGGGCCUGAAGAUCCAAGUGAAUCUAUCCGCCAACCCGUGGCGCUGUGACUGUGCCCUCCAGGAGGUGCUCAGGCAGGUGAGGCUGGCACCGGACACUGGAACAGGCAUCGUGUGUGGCCCCGGAGCCCGACCAGACCUCGUGGGGCAAGAGUUCCUGCCGCUGGCAGGGGAGGAAGAGCUGUGUGGGACGGGGCGGGGUGGGGCCCAGCGGAGCACUGAUGUAGCCCUGCUGGUCACCAUGGGGGGCUGGCUGGUGCUCGUGGUGGCUUAUCUGGCGCACUACGUGUGGCAGAACCGGGAUGAGACUCGACGUCCCCUCAAGCCGGCCCCCGUGCUGCCCGUGCGCUCUGAGGACUCCUCUACCCUCAGCACAGUGGUCUGAGGACCAGGGCCACUCCUCCAGCCCCAUGCCCCACACUCCAACCGCCGUGCCCUCUCUUUUCUUCUAACCCUCUGCCUCCUCUACAGCCCCCCAUCCCCCAAAUUCCUCCCCACUUCCUUCUCUGUCUCCCCU